UCCCAGCCUUGGCUCAUUUGUUGAAAUGGAAGUUGCAGUCCAAUAAUUCAGGUACAAACUGUUAAUCGGACAGGUAACAUCAUGCUUUAAAGCGAUUACCUUUUAUUUGGAUUCCUUGGUUGUGUCAUACCUCUCCAGACAUGAAGCAUUUAUUUAUUCUGCUGUCAGUAUUGUUCGUCAUCGUGUCCUCUUGUCCUGACGGAGAGUUCAAGUGCAAAUCUGGAGGAUGUCUUCCCACUCGACUAGUCUGUGAUUUUAAAAGUGACUGUGCAGAUGGCUCAGACGAGGAGUUUUGCGGCUCAUGCAACUUUGACCAUCACUCCUGUGGUUGGAAAAAUGCCAGUGAUUCAACCUACAGCUGGAGACGGCAGAUGGCAAAUAUUACCUUGAUACCUGGGCAGGACCAUACAACAGGAAGCCCUUGGGGGCAUGUCAUGCAUGUAGAUGCCAAUCACUCAGCUCGUCUCUUUGAAAGGGCUAAAUUGGAGUAUUCUGUUGACCACCUGGCGGCUCUGGGAUGCCAGAUCAGCUUUUGGUACCAUAUCCAUGAGUUCUCGCCAUCCUACUCAGCGUCCCUUGAAUUAACACUGGUCAGAGGCCAAGAUGUCAAAAAAAUAUUGCAGAUUUCUAAAAGUAAGACAGAUGUUUGGGAGAAUGCCACAGCCUUCAUUGGUAAUCAGCCAGGAGGAUACAAGCUUCUGUUUACAUUCAACCCUCCAUUUAUGGUAAACAAGGAUGUUAUGCUGGAUGAUAUCAACUUUGAAUACUGUGCAGAGAACGAUGUCCCAGCAGGAUCGGAGAACCUCUCGUGUGAUUUUGAAAUGGAUACCUGUUCAUGGUACCGUGACUACACAACCAGUCUUUUGUGGAAAAGGACUAAAGGGUCGUUCAAAGAUCUGUCUGGCUACUACAUGGCCAUAACGGCAUCACACCACCUAGAUACCGCAUCAACAGCCAGACUCGUCAGCUACCCUCAGCCUGCAGGACAAGUCAUAUGUGUGAGCUUCAUGUACCACAUAUUUGGUAACAGCAUUGGCUCAUUGAAGUUUAUUGUAAAGCGUUCUGGCGAACCAGAGACAGUCGCAUGGAUGAGAAGUGGCACUCAAGGAAACAAAUGGCGAUUUGCUGAUCUUACCUUCAACAGUGACAAACCAAUACAGUUUAUUGUAGAAGCAGUGGUGGGUGGUGUACAGGGGACCAUAGCCAUUGAUGACAUAGUGGUGUCCAACAGUGGGAGUGGCUCGUGUCCUCCUGAGAGAGAGUGCACCUUCCAAGGUUCCCUCUGUGGGCUGCUGCCCCAGCCGUCUGCUGCCUUUAGCUGGGACCGGAUCAACGGGACGUCCCAACCUGCCAACUCUUCAGGCCCUGUCACGGAUCACACUCUGGGGACAGAACAAGGUUAUUACCUGAGUGCUCAGUUGUGGAAACACCCCGUGGGGACCAGAGGCGCCGUGAUGACCGCAGUGAUGGAGGCUACUCCUCCUGAUGGAGAAUGCCUGAUGUUUUGGUACUACAUGGAGGGAAGUGGAGUGGGUGAACUUGGUGUUUACCUUCAAACCCCUGACAGCCACCGGGAUCCCACACAGCUCUGGACCAGGACAGGAGAUCAGGGGACGCAUUGGAGGCAUGGGAGAGUGACACUUCUCAGCCCUGAUACGCCAUACCAGGUGAUUUUUGAGGCGAUAGUAGGAGAUGGACCAAGGAGAGAUAUUGCCAUUGACGACCUCACCAUCCUGAACGGAGCCUGUCCCCCGACAGGAUUUUGUGACUUUGAGAUGGACUUCUGUGGUUGGGUCAACAAUCCUUCACCAGAGUCUGGACUCGACUGGGACUGGCUCUCGGCUGAAAGUGAGGGAACGUUUAUUCCGAGAAAGGACCACACCAUAAAUUCUCCUUUAGGUCACUUUGCCUUAUUCAUGGCCUCUUAUAAACGAAUGUCUGAUAGAGAAAAAGUUGCCAGACUAGAGAGUGAGUCCAUGGAGGCUGUAGACCAAGCUUGCCUGGAGAUUUGGCACAACUCCCAAGCAUGGGUUUAUAAUAAGCCGUCGGACAUCACACUGACUGUAUAUGUCAGUGACACUGCGGGACUGCAUCCUGUAUGGAAUACAAGUGGAUUUGCAAACAGCACAUGGAUCCGAGACCGGGUGGAUUACAGUUCACCAGGUCCUCACAAGAUUAUUUUAGAAGCCAGGUGUCCUGCUUCAGCGGAAGGAAGCUUUGCCUUGGAUGAUGUCCGCAUCAUGAGGAACAGGUCUUGUGAGGUCAUCAUUCCAACAGCUACACCAACCCCUACCACCACAACCACCACGGCUCCUGCCUCCGCUAUGGACUGCACUUUUGAGAAAGGUUUGUGUAAUUGGAUCCAGGAAGUGAAUGAUGAUUUGAACUGGACCCUCAGUGUCGGACUUGAAGCAGACCAGCCAUGGGAUGGACCUCGGUAUGAUCACACUGUUGGGAACGAUCAAGGUUUCUUUUUAUUGCUGAAUGGAUCUGGAUCUAAGGAUGGCAAGAGAGCAGUCGUCUCCGUUCCUGUCGUCAAUGUUCCGUCAGAGAUUUGUGUUGGAUUCUGGUAUUUCAUGCUCGGGCCUUCAGUGUCAACCCUGGAUCUGCUCGUUCAGACAAUAUCAUCUGAGCUGUUAGUUUGGACACGUCACGGCACCCAGAAUCCAGAGUGGAUGACUGCACAAGUAACCAUCAGCAGGAAUGAUGCAACACGGAUCAUGUUUGCUGGUCAUAAAAACACCAAUAGCCAAGGAUUCAUCGCCAUCGAUGACAUUACUGUGAAAGCAGGAGUUUGCCCUAGUCAGACUGUGUGCGGGUUUGACUCCAGCUCGUGUGGCUUUGAGAACGGUGUCAGUCACAGGGGUCGCUGGGGUCGCAGAAAGGGAACCAAGGAUCACGUGGAUCACACCUAUGGAACUGAAAAUGGUUUCUACAUGAAUGAUUUAAUAUCAAAUUCUACACAGCCGGAGGAAGCCCAGCUCCUGUCACCAGAGCUCAGGUCUGAUACGGAGAUGUGCGUACGCUUCUGGUACUGGUUAACCGAAACUUCCUCUAAUGUCCUUUCCAUCCAUGUGCUGAGAAACGGGGAGCUGGGUAAUGCCCUUUGGCAGCGGCAUGGAGCGCCCUCUACAGGCUGGGAGGUGGCAGAGGUCACCGUGUCCUCACCGGCAAACUUCCAUGUGGUGUUUGAGGCCCUCCGUGUUCCUGGCUCUAAUUCUUCAGUGAAAAUAGAUGAUUUUUCUGUGAGGAAUGGAGCAUGCAGUCCUCCAGGUAGCUGUGACUUUGAGUCUGGACAGUGCACGUGGGUCAACGUCCCCAGAGAAGGUGGACAUGACUGGGUGCUGGCCAACGGAGGCUCCCAGGGUCCGCCGACAGACCACACCACUCACACUCCAGAUGGCUGGUUUUUGUUGAGCUCAUCCCCACGCCGGAACCACAGCAGUGUAGCACAGGUAGCAUCGGAGUGGAUCCAACUCACAGACACCUCCUCCUGUCUCAAGUUUUGGUACCAUAUGGACGACAGUGACUCUGGGACACUGCGGGUGUUCGUAAGUUCGGGGCCAUUUGAGAAGGACCUGAUUUUCCGCAGUAACAACAGCGGGAGCAUCUGGAGCAGCGUCUCUCAGUCUGUAGAGACAUCCAAACCUUUCCAGUUGCUCAUCGAGGCGGAGACUAACGGCGGAGGAUUUAUUGCCAUUGAUGACAUCAGUCUAACUGCGGGUUCAUGUCAAGUGAAUGAAACAAGUUCAUUUGCGGGUUGUUCGUUUGAAAAUGGCACCUGUGCCUGGGAGGAGAUCAGUGUUGGUCAGUUUCAGUGGGUGAGAGGCAGGAAUGCUACAGGGAACACUGGACCGUCUGUGGACAACACGCUGGGCACUGAGCUGGGUUGGUACAUGGCGGUCGACACAGACCGGGGAGAUCAAAUGAGCCCCGCUGCCCUGCAGAGUCCCACCAUGACACAGGCCAGCGCCACCUGCACCCUACACUUCUACUACAACGUGUAUGGAGAGGACGCUGAAGAGCUCAGUGUGCUGCUGAAGGAAGGCUACAGGACCACCACGUUGUGGUGGCUCUCCGGUAACCAUGGAGAUGCCUGGCAACACGGUGAGGUGACAGUUGGCCGAAUCCCUCAGGACUUCACCAUCCUGUUUGAAGCGUCCAGGUCCUUCAACAAGCCUGGACACGUCGCCAUUGAUGAUGUCACCUUCGCCAACUGCACCCUGCCCGCGCCCCAGCCGUGGUGUCCUGACGGUGCGUUCAUGUGCAACAACAGCGCGUGUGUGGACCUCAGCCGUGUGUGUGACUUCAGCGAUGACUGUGGAGACUGGUCUGAUGAGAACAACUGUGGUGCGGUGGAGAGCUGCAGCUUUGAACAAGGCCUGUGCUCCUGGGCCGACAGCGACGUGGACACACCUGGAGGCGAAUGGACGCAUCGCGAAGGACAGGAAGCCUGGCCGAAUCACGGCCCUCCAAGGGAUCACACCAAAAACUCUGCUGCAGGUCGUUAUGUGAUACCUGGGACUCACCUGACUGAGGAGGGCCAGACGUCAGAGAUUCUCUCCAAAACUUUACUGCCCUCCUUAAACUGCACCGUGAGAUUCUUCUACUUCAGCGCCAACGAUGCUACAGGCAGACUGACAGCGCGGUCCCGGACACGUCGGUCCGGUAGAGACGACAAAGAGCUGUGGCUCAGGGAAACUUCACAGAGCUUCAGCUGGCAGAGAGCACAGGUCACGUUCUCCUCGUCAGCCAGAAGCAAGCUCGUCUUCAGCUACGAGCUCGGGGAAGGUCCCAGGGGGCUGGUUGCACUCGACGACAUCUCUUUCUCCGGCGAGUGCUCAUUUGACCCCAACGACAGUGAACUCCCGGACACAUCAUCCACCUCUGCCCCAUCUACACCCUCAGUCCCUCCCACUUUCCCCCCGACCACGCCGAUGAACCCCUGUCAGGAUAACGAGUUCUUUUGCUGGAGCUCCGGCGGAAAUGUGUGUGUUCUGGCCGCGUUGCAAUGUGAUUAUCAUGCAGACUGCCCCCAGGCGGAGGACGAGGCUGGCUGUGGUCCGUGCACAUUUGAAAGCGAUCAGUGCGGCUGGACUGACACCAGCGACGGACGGAGCACGUGGCGGAGACAGAAGGCUAAUAAUGACACUGAGCCGCCGGCUGAUCACACUACAGGCACAGGCUACUACAUGACCGUGAAGUCCAGACAAGGGUCCACACAGAGUGAGGCCAUGCUACAAAGUCCUCCACUCGCCCCUUCAUCACCCUACUGCCAGAUUCUGUUUCACUUCCACAUCAGCGCAGCGAGUGCUGGGUCACUCAGAGUGCUUAUGCAGCAAGCUGAAGGGAGUGAAGCAAUCCUGUGGUCACGCAGUCACAACACUGUCUCCCACUGGACCCCGGAGCAUCUGCCUCUGGGCCGCCAGCAGCAGCCUUAUAAGAUUUCGUUCAGUAGCAUUAAUAGAGCUUCUACUUGGGACCACAUUGCCGCUGUGGAUGAUAUCUCUUUUGUAAACUGUGAGAAAUCCUACCAGCCACCAGCUCUGCCUUCCUAUGGCUGUUCUUUUGAAAACGGGCCGUGUGGUUGGGUGCAGGGGGCUGAGGAUGAGCUGGACUGGUUCAGUGGGUCAGGCCCCACCGAGAGCCCCAACACCGGGCCUGCAGGAGACCACACCACAGGCAAAGGGAGAUACCUUUACAUCGAGAGUUCCCUGCCUAGUGUGAAGGGGAACAGAGCGCAGCUGAAGUCUUCACUGCUGCCACCUGCUGGCGAAAAAGGAUACUGUUUCACAUUUUGGUAUCACAUGUUCGGAGCCACUGUGGGGUCCUUGAGGAUGCUUCUACAAACAGCUGAUCACUUUAAGGAAACUCUGGUGUGGCAAAAAUCAGGGAACCAGGGGGAUGAGUGGCUGCUGGCUCAGAGCCAUGUGGCAAUGAAGGAAGUCCACCGAGUGAUACUGGAGUCUACGGUGGGAGGAGAGGCGGGAGACAUAGCCAUUGAUGACAUUGCCUUCGCUAAUGGACCGUGUCCUGCCACUGAUUUGUGUGACUUUGAGGAAGGCAGCUGUGACUGGCAGCAGCAGCAGACGUUCGAUGACACUGACUGGGUCAGACAGUCUGGUGCCUCUCACAAGCCAAACACAGGCCCAGACAGUGACCACACCACCAACACACCCACGGGUCAUUACUACUCCCUGCCUUCCUCCGCCGUUGACCAAGCUGGCGAAACCGCUUCGAUGUUUUCACCGCUGUACCCUGCAGGUAGAGGAUCGUGUGUGCAGCUGUGGUACCACAUGUAUGGCACAGGAAUGGGGACGCUGAAUGUUUACCAGCAGAGCGAAGAAGGGAAGGAAGCUCUGAUCUUCUCUCAGUCUGGAGACCAGGGCCGACUGUGGAGGUUCGCUCAGGCUGCACUUCUGCCUCGGGUUCAGCCUUACAGAAUUGUGGUGGAGGGCGUGAAGGCUGGACCCACCCGGGAGGGGGACAUGGCUUUCGAUGACGUACGGCUGACAGAUGCUCAGUGCUCUCCUCGCGGAUUUUGCGACUUUGAGAGCACAAUGUGUAGCUGGAGCAACCUGGGUGGAGACGUAGACCAGGGGGACUGGCUCCGUGGCAGCGGAGCCUCCCCAAACCCCAACACGGGACCCAGCAUCGAUCACACUACCAACUCUACACAUGGUCACUAUGUGUACGUGGACAGCUCAGUAGGGGAGUGGGGAGACACAUCCUUCCUCAUCAGUGAUGUGUUUCAGCCGUCCACUAGAGGGCACUGUAUCUCGUUCUGGUACCACAUGUAUGGCGACCGCGUCGGGACUCUGAGACUCUACAUAAAUGACAGGAAAAUACACGCUGGUGGCAAUGAAGAAGGACUCAUGAAGUGGAUUAAGACAGGAAACAAUGGAGACCAGUGGCAGGAGGCCAGGGUGUCUAUUACACAUGAAGAGGCAUUCUGGUUUGUGUUUGCGUAUCAGAGGGGGAAGAAUACGGGCGGAGACGUUGCUCUGGAUGAUAUCGCCGUUGUUCCCAGCAGCUGCUUCUCAGAUCCUACCGUUGAGCCGUCGGAUAACAACAGUGUGUUGUACGUCGGCCUCGCCGUUGGUCUGACUUUACUAGUCGGACUCAUCAUCUCCUUCUUCCUCUUUACAUUGAACUGGAAGCGUGGUUUAGGGUCGUCAGUUUUUAGUCAUGACAAAACCGACCAGAACUCUGUGAUUGACCUCUACGACUGCAGAACAGAUGCCACGCAGCACGCUGACUUUUCCUUCUACAACAGAAAUGAGGAUCCGUCACCACGUGCAGAGGGUUCCGCCGUCGCCUCGUCUGAUGCUUAACCCUGAAGUUUUCCCUUUGUUUUUAAAUUACAAUAACUCAAAUUAAACAACAAUUUUGUAAUUUAUUAACCUUUUUUUUUUACUUGAAGAUGUUUUAAUGGAAUUAAAACAAGAAGGUGAAAAUAUUAUUCUGUACAAGACAUAGAUCAGAAUGUAAUGGCAAUGUAAUUGUGACUCUUUAGUUUUAAUAAGAGUUUAAUUCAUUAAACAUUUUAACAGAA